AUGUACAUCACCCCCCUUGAAGCCCACGACCUCGCUCUGUCAACCAGCAACGGCCACACUGCUCAACUGCGAUCCCUCGUCACCAAACUCGCGCAACGAGAGGGCAAAUCCCCGGCGGACAUCCUCUUAAACCUCCGCGACGACUUCAACCAGACACUCGCCCACACGGCAAGCAAAGCCGGGCAAAUUGCCUCCAUCCAAACCCUAGCCGACCUCCUCCACACCCGAUCCAACAAAACCCUCUUCUUCAACCUACCCAACCGCUUCACAGGCGACCGGCCAGUACACACGGCGAUGCGGCUCGGGUAUAUGAGUGUGCUGAAGGUGCUGGUGGAGAACGGGGCCGACCCGACGGCGACGAACCGGUUUGGGGAUACGGUGGAGGAUUAUUUGGGUGAUUUUGAGGAGGGUGAGGUGAGGGGGGUUGUGGAGGGGUAUUUGAGGGGUUUGGCGGGUGGAAGUGGGAGUUCAAGGGAUGAGGAUUUGGGGGUGAAGUGUGGGAAGUAG